AUGUCUUGCCCUCAUCCUCAGCUUGCUACGGUUGCCACUAUUAUUGCUCCUUGUGUUACAUCAACAACACAUUGCCCUCUUCCCCCGCUUGCUGCUGCUGCUGAUGUGGCUCCUCAUCCUCCAUCAGUGCUGCCUCACCCUCAUCCCCUACUUACUGCUGCAGCUGCUGUUGCUGCUCCUCAUCCUACAUCAGCUAUGUCUUGCCCUCAUCCCCAGCUUGGUGCUGUUGCCACUAUUACUGCUCCUUGUGUUACAUCAACAACACAUUGCCCUCUUCCCCCGCUUGCUGCUGCUGCUGUUGUGGCUCCUCAUCCUCCAUCAGUGUUGCCUCACCCUCAUCCCCUACUUACUGCUGCAGCUGCUGUUGCUGCUCCUCAUCCUACAUCAGCUAUGUCUUGCCCUCAUCCCCAGCUUGGUGCUGUUGCCACUAUUACUGCUCCUUGUGUUACAUCAACAACACAUUGCCCUCUUCCCCCGCUUGCUGCUGCUGCUGUUGUGGCUCCUCAUCCUCCAUCAGUGUUGCCUCACCCUCAUCCCCUACUUACUGCUGCAGCUGCUGUUGCUGCUCCUCAUCCUACAUCAGCUAUGUCUUGCCCUCUUCCCCAGCUUGGUGCUGUUGCCACUAUUAUUGCUCCUUGUGUUACAUCAACAACACAUUGCCCUCUUCCCCCGCUUGCUGCUGCUGCUGCUGUUGUGGCUCCUCAUCCUCCAUCAGUGUUGCCUCACCCUCAUCCCCUACUUACUGCUGCAGCUGCUGUUGCUGCUCCUCAUCCUACAUCAGCUAUGUCUUGCCCUCAUCCCCAGCUUGGUGCUGUUGCCACUAUUACUGCUCCUUGUGUUACAUCAACAACACAUUGCCCUCUUCCCCCGCUUGCUGCUGCUGCUGUUGUGGCUCCUCAUCCUCCAUCAGUGUUGCCUCACCCUCAUCCCCUACUUACUGCUGCAGCUGCUGUUGCUGCUCCUCAUCCUACAUCAGCUAUGUCUUGCCCUCGUCCCCAGCUUGGUGCUGUUGCCACUAUUACUGCUCCUUGUGUUACAUCAACAACACAUUGCCCUCUUCCCCCGCUUGCUGCUGCUGCUGUUGUGGCUCCUCAUCCUCCAUCAGUGCUGCCUCACCCUCAUCCCCUACUUACUGCUGCAGCUGCUGUUGCUGCUCCUCAUCCUACAUCAGCUAUGUCUUGCCCUCAUCCCCAGCUUGGUGCUGUUGCCACUAUUACUGCUCCUUGUGUUACAUCAACAACACAUUGCCCUCUUCCCCCGCUUGCUGCUGCUGCUGUUGUGGCUCCUCAUCCUCCAUCAGUGUUGCCUCACCCUCAUCCCCUACUUACUGCUGCAGCUGCUGUUGCUGCUCCUCAUCCUACAUCAGCUAUGUCUUGCCCUCAUCCCCAGCUUGGUGCUGUUGCCACUAUUACUGCUCCUUGUGUUACAUCAACAACACAUUGCCCUCUUCCCCCGCUUGCUGCUGCUGCUGUUGUGGCUCCUCAUCCUCCAUCAGUGUUGCCUCACCCUCAUCCCCUACUUACUGCUGCAGCUGCUGUUGCUGCUCCUCAUCCUACAUCAGCUAUGUCUUGCCCUCUUCCCCAGCUUGGUGCUGUUGCCACUAUUAUUGCUCUUUGUGUUACAUCAACAACACAUUGCCCUCUUCCCCCGCUUGCUGCUGCUGCUGCUGUUGUGGCUCCUCAUCCUCCAUCAGUGUUGCCCCACCCUCAUCCCCUACUUACUGCUGCAGCUGCUGUUGCUGCUCCUCAUCCUACAUCAGCUAUGUCUUGCCCUCAUCCCCAGCUUGGUGCUGUUGCCACUAUUAUUGCUCCUUGUGUUACAUCAACAACACAUUGCCCUCUUCCCCCGCUUGCUGCUGCUGCUGCUGAUGUGGCUCCUCAACCUCCAUCACUGUUGCCUCAUCCUCAUCCCCUACUUACUGCUGCAGCUGCUGUUGCUGCUCCUCAUCCUACAUCAUUAUGUCUUGUGCUCUUUCUGUGCAUACUGUUGGUGCUGCUCCUCAUCCUACAUCAGCUUUGCUUACCCUCUUUCCCUGUUUGCUUCUGCUGA